AUGGCAUGCCCAUUCGUGCGAGAUGUGGUGGAUGAAGAAGCACUUGUGCUGAGGAGAGCCUUCAGGCGAGAAAGGGUCUUCAGGGACCGGUUGGACCCACUGGCCUUCCCUGAUGACCAUCUAUAUGAAAGAUACAGGUUUUCUUCAGAUGGCAUCAGGUAUCUAUGCAGACUACUGGGUCCCAGGAUUAAGCACCGCACUGCACGGAGCCAUGCACUGAGUGUGGAGCAAAUGGUUUGUGUGGCCUUGCGCUUUUUUGCAAGUGGAGCCUUCCUGUACUCAGUGGGGGAUGCAGAACAGCUGAACAAGGCCACAAUUUGCCGCACAAUAAGGAGUGUGUGUCUGGCUAUCAAAGCAUUAGCAGAUGUCUUCAUCUCCUUCCCUGGCCACAGAAGACUCUGUGACAUCAAAGAGGAGUUCUAUAGGAUUGCAGGUUUCCCCAAUGUCAUUGGUGCAGUGGACUGCACACACAUAAGGAUAAAAGCCCCCUCAGGUGCCCAUGAGGCCGAUUUUGUGAAUAGGAAAUCCUUUCACAGCAUUAAUGUUCAGAUGGUCUGCAAUGCUGACUGUGUGAUCAGCAAUGUUGUGGCAAAAUGGCCUGGCUCAGUCCAUGACUCCAGAAUCUUUCGGGCCUCUGAAAUCUAUCAGUGCCUAUCACAAGGUGAAUUCUCUGGUGUGUUGCUGGGAGACAGGGGGUAUGGCUGCCAGCCUUUUCUCCUGACACCUUUCACAGACCCCCAGGAAGCACAGCAGAACUACAACCAUGCCCAUGCCAGGGCCAGGGCCAGAGUUGAAAUGACCUUUGGCCUCCUGAAGGCACGCUCUCACUGCCUUCACAAAUUAAGGGUCAGCCCUGUUAGGGCAUGUGAUAUUACUGUGGCUUGUGCUGUCCUCCACAAUGUGGCCUGCCUGAGGAAGGAGAGGGCCCCCAGAGUGCCACCAGCCAUGGACUGGGACAAUCCGGCAAUCUUCCCUGAUGACGACAGUGGUCGGCUGCUGAGGGACCAAUAUGUGUUGAAUUAUUUUAGUUAGUAUGUGUGCUUUCAAUUUUGGUUAAAUAUGUCCUGCGGUGGCAGAGGAAUUUGGUUUUUUUUGGGUUCGUUUUUUAACGAAUUUGGCCUCUUAUGAUGUUUGUGCGGUAUACUGUGUGUAAUACAAGGCUGCAGGGAGGCUACUGCAUCCAUUCAUUUGUCUGUUCAGUUGAUGUGUAUGGAUUUGUCCUGCAUUUAUUUUAGUGUGCAGACAUGCAGGGUGUGUUAUAUACAGACCUUUGAAUGUGUAUGUAUCAUUUUGUAUAAUAUGCUUGGAUUCUGUGCUUUCCAUCUUGUAGAGUCACUGUGACUUCAGUUUCGAAAGGAGCUGAUGGUUUACCUGCUUUGUUUUGUCCUUAUUCAAUAAAGGAACAUAAUGUUACACAUUGUUUUUAUAUUCAUAUGGAAUGUGUAUUUGUUUAUAUGACAGAGUACUAGGGCCACACUGAAGAAAAAGGAUAAAGUCAUAAAUUUAUGAGGCUGGUUCUUUCUGCAGAAAAGCUACAUAUUGUUUUUACAGUUUUGAUACUUAUGACAAUGUGAUACUUAAUAUUCUGGCACAUCAGCAUGUCUUUGUUUAUGAAACCAUACUGAAGUACAAUUUCACGAAAUGCCCCACAUCUGUCAUUUUAACAA